GGGCCUCGUCGACUUCGCCGAGUCCGGCGUGGUGUUGGUGGAGGCCUUCUUUGUGGAGAAGAAGGAUCACCGACUGCGCGUGGUGAUUGACUGCAGGCGGGCCAGCGCCUGGUUCUCGGAGCCCGCGGGGGUGGGCCUCUGCACGUGGGGCGCCCUCUCCCGCCUCGAGCUCGGGCUGGGCGACGAGUUGCGCAUCCCGGGCGCCGACCUGAGCGACUCCUUCAACCGCGUGAGCCUGCCCGAGCCUCAGCCUCUCGCCCGCGGCGGCAUGGUCAUUCCCCGCUUGGCUGUGCUCCCGAUGGGGCGGAGCUGGGCGCUCGGGUGGCGCCGGCGCGUCCGCGAGCGGAUCGCCGUCGAGGCCGGCGCCGCCCGUGAGCGGCGAAUCGUGGACAGGCGGGCCCCCCCGUCGCUCGCGCCGGGCGGCCGCCUGGAGUGCGUGGACAACUUCGUCGCCAUCGGCGCGGACAAGGGGUGGGUGUGCAGCGUCGUCGACGGUGCCGUCAACGCGCUGCGCUCGCGCGGGCUGGAGGUGAAGACGGAGGGCCACGCCGGUGAGGUGCGCCAUGGGUCGGAGGCGCUGGGGUGGUGCAUCGACCGACAAGCUGCAGGGCCACCUGUUCUUCAUCUCGCUGAUCAAGCGGGAAGCGGCUCGUGCGCCUUCGCCCACAAGUGCUGCGACGCCGAGACGGCGAUGUGGCCGACCGUGCGCCGGGAGCUGGAGUAUUGGGACGGCGUCGCGCCCUUGCUCUGGCGCGACCUCAAGGCGCCGUGGACGGACGGGCCCGUCGUAGUGGACACCAGCGAGUGGGGCAUCGGGGCCUGCGUCGCUCCUGCUCCCACCGCGCUGGUGCAGCGGCUUGGGCGCGUCUGCGAGCGGUGGCGGUGGCGCCGUGGCUUGGCCGGCGCCGCUCCGCGACGGCGCGCGGGGGCCGCGGCCGCCGCGGCGGCGCUGGCGGGGGGUCAUCUCGCUGCCGUGGCGGACCGUGGGUCGCCACCGCUGGCGGUGGCCGGAAGAGCCGAAGAGGGCAUGCCCGUGGCCGAGGCGAGGGAGGUGUUGCACGGCAUCCAGCACUUGGCGAGGGCCUCCCGACAUCGGCUGCAGCGCGCCCAGGCGCUGGCGGCCCAGCCGGGCGCCCAGGGGGCGGCCGCGACGCUGGGCCGGCGUGUGUCCAGGCCUUCGCGGACCUGGGGGCCGCCGGCCGCCGGGGGCGCCCCCGCGGCCCAGCUGGCCCGCCCUGCGGGCGGGUGGCCGCGGCGCGAGGCGCCGGCGGCGCGCGGCCCGCUGCGCUGGCCGACGGCCCCCUGCCCGGGGGGCCCAGCGGGCAACGGGCGGCGGCGGGUGGGGCCCGCCGCGGCCGCUGCCGGGCGCCGACGGGCUCAGGCGGCCCAGCUGCCAGGCCUCAGCGUGCUCGAGACGGGGUCGGUCGCGGCGGCGACGCGGGCGCAGUACCUGGAUGCCCUCGACUCGUUGACGGCCUGGCUGGGGGCGAGGGGCGAGUGCCCGUCGAGCCCCGACGACCGCGACGGGCUGUUGAUCCUGCGCCUGCGCGAGCGCUACCUGGGCGGCGAGGGGGCCCGGGCAGCGCAGAAGCUGUUCGCGUCGGUGCUCUGCAGCUCGGCUGACCAAGGCGGCCAGCUCGCCGAUGGCCCGUGCGCGGCGCGCGCUACGCGGGUCCCAGCGGCUGGCGCCGCCGACGUCGCGGCCCCCUCCUCCCUUCCAGCUGCCGGCGGGCUUGGUGAACUGCCUCGUGCGCGGCAGGAAGCGGGGGGAGGCGCGGGUGCUGUGGCGCGGCUUCGAUUCGAGCUGUGCCUGCGGCCGGGCGAGUCGCGCCGCGUCCGGACCGCCGAGCUCGCGCGCCCGGUCUGUGGCCGCCUGGGCCCCGACAGCUGGGGCGUCACGCCGCGCGCGGGCGGGGUGGAGGCGCUGCCGAAGACCGCCGAGUGCGACCAGGCGCUGAAGCUGGACCUUCCGCGGCCGGAGCCGUGGGGGCCCACGCUGGAUCUGCGCCUCGUGGCCGCGAG